AUGAAUAAGCUCGACUACGAUGUAGAUUGCUUAGAAAUAAGUGACGACCUGAUAAGCAUGGCCGAGGACAAUACUCUUGGUGAUUUUUCACAUAUCGACGAUGACCUACAGUUUACAGUUAAAAACGAUGGAAUGCUCGCACUAAGAUUAAUACAAGUGGCAGACAGUUUAGAUUCACCUAAUUUUAUCACAGGAUCUCCAGCUAGUCCAUACCCAACGCUAACAAACUCCAGCAACGAUCCCAGUCAAUGCUCCUUUCUAGUGUUUAAGAAAAACAACGACAAUGUGAAACAGUCCCGAUCCGCCAACAGCGUCCGGGGGGUGCAACGGAACUCGGAGUGCAAUGGAGAAACGAACCUAAAUCGAAAGCAACAGCGUGACGAUCGGCGAAGGGCAAACCACAACGAAAUCGAAAGACGGCGGAGGGACAAAAUCAACAACUGGAUACACGAGCUGAACAAAAUUAUCCCCGCGGAACAUAUGAACAGCCCGUCGUCCGAGACGCAGAACAAGCAGAACAACGGCGGACAGGGCGAAAACCUAUCGAAGGGCGGCAUACUGGCGAAAGCGUGCGAGUACAUAACGCGGUUGAAAGACACCAGCGACAAGCUGACCGAGUGCCUUGCCGAAAAGGAUCAGAUACUGCUGGAGAACCUGCAGCUGAAGGAAAGCAUCAACCAGCUGCUGUCGGAGAACAAGCGCCUCCAGACGCAGCUACAGUUUGCGCUCGAAACGAACGUCAAGCUCGAAUCGUAG